AUGAUGAGGGCGAAGCAGGUAUUCUUGAUCGCUGUAAUUGUGGCGGUCUCCUUCCAUCUAGGAGCUCCCAUCGACGACAAAUGCGCUGCCUGUAACGCGAUCGCGGAGGAAUUGGAGAUCCAGCUUUUGAAGGAAAAACCACGGAACCAUCUUGAUAUGAGAAACCGACUAAACUCUAAAGGCCAGCGUGAAGGAAAGGUGAUUGACUACAGAAUAAGUGACCUGAGGGUGGUUGAUCUGUUGGAUGGGCUGUGUGAUAGAAUGCUGGAUUAUACUCUACAAAAGCAGGUGGAAUUAAAGAACACAGAAUGGGUCAAAGUGGAAAAUUUUGACAAUUUAACUGAUAAACAGGAAGCUAAAGCGCAUGCAAAUGACAUAUCAACUUAUUGUGGAAGAUUGCUGGAGGAAAUUGAAGAUAAGAUUGCAGCUCGCUGA